AUGUACAAAGGCGUCGUGCUGCGAGAUGGGGCAGGCAGAGCAACGGACCAUAGGAACAACAGGAGCAACAUGCGGACGGGGCCUGCAAGGAGAGCCCAUCCUCCUCCCUUCCAGAUCGCAGCCGCCACCUCCCCCAGAUCGCAGCCGACGACCUCCUCUCCUAUCCCCACCACACCGGCGACCUCUUCUGCUCCAGCCCCACCGUCGACAUCCAACCUCCGCUCUGCAACCCGCCGCAGUCGCCCCCACCCCUAUCUUCUCCUUCUCCUUGUCUUCCUAGGAGGAAGACCCGAGAUCCAACCCCAAAUCUCCCUCUGCAGCUCCCAAAUCUUCACCGAGCAUCGACCAUGCCGGCCUACUGACCGAUCGCGGGAGGACCUGCAGGCGGCUACACAGGCUUUGUUCGACGGGUUCGGGGCCCCCGGAAUGCAUGCCGCCGCCACGCAGCUGCUGUUCGGGCAGGCCGGCUCAAUGCCACCUCCAGCGGCGCAGGGCGGGGUGACGGCGGCCGCGCCACCGCGGCAGCGGCAGCGGGCGAUUUUCCACCCACAAUCCGCGGGCCAAAACACCCGGGGAGCGAAGCACGAAACCGAGAGGCUCUCCUCCCCUCUCCUCUCCUCUCCUCUCAACCGCGGAUCUACCACCAGUUGCGCACUCCGCGCGAGGCUCCGGCCUUCCGCUCCUCCAAGCUCUUCCAGCAUGAGGUGAAGUACGAAGCCAAGUGUGAAGCUAUGAAGCGUAUGAAUAAAGAGUAGCAUAUGUGUUGUAAUAGUAGGCAGUAGUAGGCAUAUCUGGGUUGUGGUGUAGUGUAAAGAUUGUAAUAGACAAAUUUAAUGUUGGUUUGGACGAAUUUCAUUUGCUCCCUAGCCUGUUUGAAAUAUUGAUUUUGAAUGUGAUUUGAAUACUUAUGAAAUGGCAACAUGACAAGGGGACCAUGUUAUGAUA